CGACGACGUAUCUCGGUUGGACCUUCAAUGGAGGCGAUAGUAUUGGGCAAUUCUUAUAUCUUUCGUGGUCCGAGCUGAGUAUUCCCAUUCUUUAUCCAUUGUAUCACUAGCAUUGCAUUCUUACCAUCACCAUAAUGGCCUCAACUCUCACCAAACAGUCUCAAAUUCUCAUCGUUGGUGGCGGAACUUGGGGAUGCUCAACAGCCCUCCACCUCGCUCGUCGAGGUUAUACCAACGUCACUGUUCUCGAUGUCAAUCAUAUACCAUCACCCAUCUCAGCCGGUCAUGAUGUAAACAAGCUUGCAGGCGGCCUUGGCACUUCUGAUAGCAAAGGUGAAGAUGCAGACUCCAUCUGGAAAGCUCUUACGUACGCUGCAGCUCAAGGAUGGCUUCACGACCCCGUGUUCCAACCAUUUUGCCACAAUACGGGAGCGGUCAUGGCUGGCUCAACACCAAAGUCUAUCCAGCAACUGGUGGACGAUGAGAUCGGUGACGACAUCGACCAGUAUACACCUCUCAUCACGGCAGAGGAUUUUAGAAAGACUAUGCCAGAGGGUAUUCUGACAGGCGACUUUCCAGGCUGGAAGGGCUUUUACAAGCCCACGGGGUCUGGUUGGGUUCAUGCCCGAAAGGCUAUGAAAGCUGCUUUUGAAGAGAGCCAAAGAUUUGGCGUCAAGUUCAUCACUGGUUCCCCCAAGGGAAAAGCCGAGAGCCUGAUCUUUGAAGAAGGCGAUGUUCGAGGUGCCAAGACAGCAGAUGGAAAAGAACACAGAGCGGAUCGAACGAUCCUAUCGGCCGGUGCUUCAGCAGAGUUCUUCCUCGACUUCGAGAACCAGAUCCGCCCUACUGCGUGGACUCUCGGCCAUAUCCAGAUGACGCCAGAGGAAACGAAGCUGUACAAGAACCUGCCACCUCUUUUCAACAUCAAUCAAGGCUUCUUCAUGGAACCUGAUGAGGACCUCCACCAGCUCAAGAUGUGCGAUGAACAUCCCGGAUACUGCAACUGGGUCGAAAAGCCUGAUUCAAAAUACCCCCAGUCCAUCCCCUUCGCAAAGCAUCAAGUGCCUAUCGAGGCCGAACGACGCAUGAAGCAGUUUCUCAAGGACACCAUGCCUCAGCUUGCAGACCGUCCACUCGUUCAUGCUCGAAUCUGCUGGUGCGCUGAUACACAGGAUAGAAUGUUUCUAAUCACCUAUCACCCUCGACAUCCAUCGCUUGUCAUUGCUUCAGGUGAUUGCGGCACGGGAUACAAGCACAUCACAUCGAUUGGAAAGUUCAUCUCUGAUUGUAUGGAGGGUACACUUGAGGAAAGAUUUGCCAAGUUCUGGAGAUGGCGACCGGAGAAGUUUACUGAGUUCUGGGGUCAAGAUCCCUUGGAUCGGUUUGGAGCUGACGAUAAGAUCAUGGAUCUACCUAGGAGUGAUGCAGAAGGUUGGACGAGUAUCAAGAAUAAUAACUAAGUAUCUCGUUCAACGUGGAAGCUGUAAGCAGAGCAGAACUAAGUUUUCAAAAAUCUCCUCAUGAUGUGCCCAGGUUAAGGCUCGAGCACGACACGCGUUACCAUGGCACGAGCAUUUACGGGCUCGCUGUUAUAGAAAACCAGGAAUAUUUCUAUAUCUCUAUACUGAGAUUGAUUCCACCUCUUCACCUGAGGCGUCAGAAAAUGCUUCUUCAAGACCACCUUCCAACAGAACACCACCAUCAUCUGAAUCAUCCUGAGACGAGACAUC